CAGAGAGGCGCCGGGUCAACGCGCCAGGUAGCAACGCCUCAGGACACCCGUCGACGUCGUCCUUGCCGUCGUCCUUGCCGUCGUCCCCUGCCGUUGUCCUUGUCGCAGCCUUCGAGGCCGACUUGGCCGUCGUCAUAGUUCGCGGCCAGGACGCGUACGAUUUCACACAAACACGCACAUACACACUCACACACACUCACUCACUCACUCAAAAACACACAUUUACACUUAUAUACACGACUCUUGUACUCUAACAAAAAAAAAACACGCGUUACACUAAUAUACAUACAGAAACACACGUUUACAUAUAUACAUAUACAUGUACACCCGCGUGAUACAUCAUACAUAGUAAAAACGUACACGUACGCGACAAUCGGCAACAAUUUUAUUUAAUACAAGAUAAUUAUACAUAUUUACACAUAUACACUCAUACGAAAAAAGAAAAAAUCAUCGCAAGCGUUAACGUAGGAAAUCAACGACGUGAACAUGAGGUCCUUGCACGCAGCCUCCUGGAGCUUCGCCCUUCUCGCGGCCACGGUGGCACUGCUGCCUGCCACGCAUUGGGCACCCUUCGCCCACGCUGCAACUGGCGGCGGUAGUAUGCUGGGGGAUGUCAACAUCUCAGCAAUACUGGACUCCUUUUCAGUUAGUUACGAUAAAAGAGUAAGGCCGAACUACGGAGGUCCUCCCGUCGAGGUGGGCGUCACCAUGUACGUCUUGAGUAUCAGCUCGCUAUCCGAAGUGAAAAUGGACUUUACGUUGGAUUUUUACUUCCGGCAAUUCUGGACGGAUCCACGACUUGCCUUUACGCAACAAAAAGGCGUCGAGACGUUAAGCGUCGGUUCGGAAUUUAUCAAAAAUAUCUGGGUACCGGAUACGUUCUUUGUGAACGAAAAACAAUCAUACUUUCACAUCGCUACCACCAGCAACGAGUUCAUUCGUAUUCAUCAUUCCGGAAGCAUCACACGUAGUAUACGUUUAACGAUUACGGCAUCGUGUCCAAUGAACUUACAAUACUUCCCGAUGGAUCGUCAACUAUGUCAUAUCGAGAUCGAGAGCUUUGGAUACACAGAUCGCGAUAUUCGAUACAAAUGGAACGCCGGCCUAGAGUCGGUCGGCAUCGCGAGGGAGGUGGAACUACCGCAGUUUCGCGUGCUCGGUCACAGGCAAGGACAGAAAAUCGUACCACUAUCUACAGGAAAUUACUCGCGGCUGGCCUGCGAGAUCCAGUUCGUACGGUCGAUGGGCUACUACCUGAUCCAGAUCUACAUACCUUCCGGUUUGAUCGUCAUAAUAUCGUGGGUGAGCUUUUGGCUAAACCGAAACGCGACCCCCGCUCGGGUGGCCCUCGGAGUAACCACUGUGCUCACUAUGACGACCCUAAUGUCCUCGACGAACGCGGCACUACCAAAGAUCUCCUACGUCAAGUCCAUCGACGUCUAUCUGGGCACCUGCUUCGUCAUGGUCUUUGCCUCGUUGCUCGAAUACGCCACGGUGGGUUACAUGGCUAAAAGGAUUCAAAUGCGGAAGAACCGCUUCCAGAAGAUAGCGGAAAGCAUGAAAGCGGCGAGGGAAAAUCCAGGACCACCGGGUGUACCCGGUGAUCAUGGUGAUCACGCGCCUAAGCAAACUUGGUCCCGUGUUGUCCAGGAGGUGCGGUUCAAGGUGCACGACCCAAAGGCACACAGCAAAGGUGGAACACUAGAAAACACCAUAAAUGGUAGAGCCGACGAGGAAGCUGCACCAGCACCGCAACAUCUCAUUCAUCCUGGAAAAGACAUUAGCAAACUUUAUGGCAUAACGCCAUCAGACAUCGACAAGUAUUCCCGCAUCGUAUUCCCGGUGUGCUUCGUCUGCUUCAACCUGAUGUACUGGGUCAUUUACCUGCAUAUAAGUGACGUAGUCGCGGACGACCUGGUGCUGUUGAAGGAGGCGAAGUAGAGCACGGGGACAUCGGCUGGUGUUUUUUUAUUGCGGUUCGUAGCGACGUAUGAACAGAUUUUUAUGGGGAAAAGAAAGAUGAAAGGAACUCGCACG